AUGGCGGCGUGUGGACGUGUACGGAGGAUGUUCCGCUUGGCGGCGGCGCUGCACCUACUGCUGCUCGCGGCGGCCGGGGCCGACAAACUCCAGGGCCAGGGAGGCCACAGCCCAGGCCAGGGCCCGGGGGCCAACCUUCUGCCCCUCGGAGGGCAGCCUGGAGGCGGCGCUCUAGGGGGUCAGCUCCAGCUGCCUCAGUCAUCUCAGUUCCAGCAGCAGCAGCAGCCGCAGCAGCAACAACCGCCUCAGCAGCCGCAGCCGCCUUUCCCGGCGGGUGGGUCUCCGGCCCGGCGGGGCGGAUCAGGGCCUGGCGGGGCUGGCGGGGGCUGGAAGCUGGCGGAGGAAGAGUCCUGCAGGGAGGACGUGACCCGUGUGUGUCCCAAGCAUACCUGGAGCAACAACCUGGCGGUGCUGGAGUGCUUGCAGGACGUGAGGGAGCCUGAAAAUGAAAUUUCUUCAGACUGCAAUCAUUUGUUAUGGAAUUAUAAGCUGAACCUAACUACAGAUCCCAAAUUUGAAUCUGUGGCCAGAGAGGUUUGCAAGUCUACCAUAUCAGAGAUCAAAGAGUGUGCUGAUGAACCAGUUGGAAAAGGUUACUUGGUUUCCUGCUUGGUGGAUCACCGAGGCAACAUCACUGAGUACCAGUGUCACCAAUACAUCACCAAGAUGACAGCCAUCAUUUUCAGUGAUUACCGUCUAAUCUGUGGCUUCAUGGAUGACUGUAAAAAUGACAUCAACAUUCUGAAAUGUGGGAGCAUUCGGCUUGGAGAAAAGGAUGCACAUUCACAGGGUGAGGUGGUAUCAUGCUUGGAGAAAGGCCUGGUGAAGGAAGCAGAAGAAAGAGAUCCUAAGAUUCAAGUCUCUGAACUCUGCAAGAAAGCCAUUCUCCGGGUGGCUGAGCUGUCCUCAGAUGACUUUCACUUAGACCGGCAUUUAUAUUUUGCCUGCCGAGAUGAUCGGGAACGUUUUUGUGAAAAUACACAAGCUGGUGAAGGCAGAGUAUAUAAGUGCCUCUUUAACCAUAAAUUUGAAGAAUCCAUGAGUGAAAAAUGUCGAGAAGCACUAACAACCCGCCAAAAGCUGAUUGCCCAGGAUUAUAAAGUCAGUUAUUCAUUGGCCAAAUCCUGUAAGAGUGACUUGAAGAAAUACCGAUGCAACGUGGAAAACCUUCCUCGGUCCCGGGAAGCCAGGCUCUCCUACCUUCUGAUGUGUCUGGAGUCAGCUGUGCAUAGAGGGCGGCAAGUGAGCAGUGAGUGCCAGGGCGAGAUGUUAGAUUACCGCCGCAUGUUGAUGGAAGACUUUUCUUUGAGCCCUGAGAUCAUCCUGAGCUGUCGGGGGGAGAUUGAACACCACUGUUCUGGAUUGCAUCGAAAAGGGCGAACCCUGCAUUGUCUGAUGAAAGUAGUUCGGGGGGAGAAAGGGAACCUUGGAAUGAACUGCCAGCAAGCGCUUCAAACACUGAUUCAGGAGACUGACCCUGGUGCAGAUUACCGCAUUGAUAGAGCUUUGAAUGAAGCUUGUGAAUCUGUAAUACAGACAGCCUGCAAACACAUAAGAUCCGGAGACCCAAUGAUCCUCUCGUGCCUGAUGGAACAUUUAUACACAGAAAAAAUGGUGGAAGAUUGUGAACACCGUCUCUUAGAGCUGCAGUAUUUCAUCUCCCGUGAUUGGAAGCUGGACCCUGUCUUAUACCGCAAAUGCCAGGGAGAUGCGUCUCGUCUUUGCCACACCCACGGUUGGAAUGAAACCAGUGAACUUAUGCCUCCUGGAGCUGUGUUCUCUUGCUUAUACCGACAUGCCUACCGCACUGAGGAACAGGGCAGGAGGCGUGCCAUGGACGUUAAGCUGGAUCCUGCCCUUCAGGAUAAGUGCCUGAUUGAUCUGGGGAAAUGGUGCAGUGAAAAAACAGAGACUGGACAGGAGCUUGAAUGCCUCCAGGAUCAUCUUGAUGACUUGGCUGUAGAGUGCAGAGAUAUAGUCGGCAACCUCACCGAGUUAGAAUCCGAGGAUAUUCAAAUAGAAGCCUUGCUGAUGAGAGCCUGCGAGCCCAUAAUUCAGAACUUUUGCCAUGAUGUAGCAGAUAACCAGAUAGACUCUGGAGACUUGAUGGAGUGUCUCAUACAGAACAAACACCAGAAGGAUAUGAAUGAGAAGUGCGCCAUUGGAGUCACCCACUUCCAGCUGGUGCAGAUGAAGGAUUUUCGGUUCUCUUACAAGUUUAAAAUGGCCUGCAAGGAGGACGUGUUGAAACUUUGUCCCAACAUAAAGAAGAAGGUGGAUGUGGUGAUCUGCCUAAGCACGACUGUGCGCAACGACACUCUCCAGGAAGCCAAGGAACACAGGGUGUCCCUGAAGUGCCGCAAGCAGCUGCGGGUGGAGGAGCUGGAGAUGACAGAGGAUAUCCGUCUGGAACCAGAUCUGUAUGAAGCCUGCAAGAGUGACAUCAAGAACCACUGUUCCACUGUGCAAUAUGGCAAUGCUCAGAUUAUUGAGUGUCUGAAAGAAAACAAGAAGCAGCUGAGCACCCGUUGCCACCAGAAAGUCUUUAAGCUGCAGGAGACAGAGAUGAUGGAUCCAGAACUAGACUAUACACUCAUGAGAGUCUGCAAGCAGAUGAUAAAGAGAUUCUGUCCAGAAGCCGAUUCCAAAACUAUGUUGCAAUGCUUGAAGCAAAAUAAGAACAGUGAAUUGAUGGAUCCCAAAUGCAAACAGAUGAUAACCAAGCGCCAGAUCACCCAGAACACUGAUUACCGCUUAAACCCUGUGCUAAGGAAAGCCUGUAAAGCUGACAUUCCUAAAUUCUGUCAUGGUAUCCUGACUAAGGCCAAGGAUGAUUCGGAGUUAGAAGGUCAAGUCAUCUCUUGCCUCAAGUUGAGAUAUGCUGACCAGCGCCUCUCUUCAGACUGCGAAGACCAGAUCCGGAUUAUUAUCCAGGAGUCUGCUCUAGAUUACCGACUCGAUCCUCAGCUCCAGCUACACUGCUCGGAUGAGAUUGCCAGUCUAUGUGCCGAAGAAGCAGCAGCCCAGGAGCAGACAGGUCAAGUAGAGGAGUGCCUCAAAGUUAACCUGCUCAAAAUCAAAACAGAAAUGUGUAAAAAGGAAGUGUUAAACAUGCUGAAGGAAAGCAAAGCAGACAUCUUUGUGGACCCAGUUCUUCACACAGCUUGUGCCCUGGAUAUUAAACACCACUGUGCAGCCAUCACCCCUGGCCGAGGGCGUCAAAUGUCCUGCCUUAUGGAGGCCCUGGAGGAUAAGCGGGUGAGGUUACAACCUGAGUGCAAAAAACGCCUCAAUGACCGGAUUGAAAUGUGGAGUUACGCAGCAAAGGUGGCCCCAGCAGAUGGCUUCUCUGACCUCGCCAUGCAAGUGAUGACAUCCCCUUCAAAGAACUACAUUCUCUCUGUGAUCAGUGGGAGCAUCUGCAUAUUGUUCCUGAUUGGCCUGAUGUGUGGACGUAUCACCAAACGAGUGACACGAGAGCUCAAGGACAGGUAG